AUGAGCGCCCAAGCGGAAGGGCCUGCGCUAACCGCCAACGGCGUGGAUCCGGAUGUGGCGAGAGGUUUUGGGGAGCCGGGACUACCUGUUCGUAAUGAUCGAAUGGGAGGACAAAGGGCCGGGCAGUCAACCGGCGAGCAGGGCACUAUGGGUGGCGAUGCGGAAAAUGUGUCUGCAGGCGCUGGAGCACCCGGGGUGCGAAGCUCGGAGCAGCUACCUUCAGCGAGUGGAGGACCGCAGGGGAACGAAUCGCAUCUGCAGCAUGGGAGACCAACAAGGAGCUCUACGACUGUGGACGUGGACGGACACCCGGGUCCGAGCGAUCUUGCUGGAUGGCCGCAUGGGGCUGCCGGUCAAGCGGAGUUUACAACGCCGAGAUCGACGGCGUCUGUGAUGGGCCAGCAACCAAGCUGGAUGACAGGACUGGAGAUGCCAAGGUGGGUGUCGCGUUUGGGUUCGUAUCUGAGCGUGGGCCACCUGGAUACUCUUCCUAGCCCACUGGCUGGGGCUAGCGCGACCCCGUCGCCGCCUGGGGGGCCAACCUUCAGGCUGAGGUCGCCGGUGAGGUCUAUGAGGCCUCUACCGCCUCCUACACCUCAAGAGGCGAUACAGGCGGAGGUCCAGAGACAACUGGGUGGGUUGUUGGAUCGGUUGCAGAGUGCAGAACAGUACAAUGAUGUGCUGAGGAUGGAGCUGGAGGCCACACAGAGAUCCUUGGAGCAGGCUCGCCAAGCCAGAAGCGAGCCUGCAAGGGCCCGGGGAGUAUGUGAACCAGCUGAGCUACGCCAAGGUGACCUAGGCCAGGUAUAUACCGGUGAUCCUCCUCCUCUACCAAGGGCCCCAGCAGUAUCUGUACCAUCGGAGCUACCCCUAGGAGAUCCUCUUACGCUACUUGCAGGGCAGCUAGGGAUGACGCAACCACAACCACUACCGGGCACCCAGGGCUACUUCGGGGAUCGUGAGCAGAGACCUCCUAUUCCUACACAACCACCAGAACCGAUGUCUACCGCACCGGCACCCCCACCACAGCCUCAACAAGAGAGUAGGGGCUUUCUAUGUUCCUUUUUGGGACCUCAGCAUGCCAGGAGCCAGACGCCACCACCGCCGAGGAUUGCAUCGGGGUCACCACCGGAGUCGCCGAUGAUGGAUGCUCUUCUUCUUGGAGUACAACAGCUUCAGGAGCUGCAGGCGGCGGCGUUAGCCAAGGGCCAGUCGAGCUCACCCGAGAUCCUGAAGCCGGGAACCUCAACGUUAACACCCCUACCCGAGCUUAGCCAAGGAGCAGAAGCAGCGUUGCAGUUCCAGGACUGGCUGGAAGUGACCUCGGCAGCGAUGAGCGAUGUGAGUGAUCAGAGCGCUACGUGGUGGAGAGAGGUUGUUCGGGCUGUUGAUGAGGCGUACCAGAAAUGGUUGGCGUCCACACCUCUCGAAAGGCUGGGGGUUCAACCAGGCGGGCAGGAGCUGUCCGAAACAAAGUGGACCAGGCUCAAUGCGAGAGUGACUACGAUGCUGCUAUCUGCUAUGUCCCCCGAACAACGUACCGACAUGAUUUCUCACAGGAUGUCUACCAGUACGGUGAGGAUGCUGUUCAGGUUGCACACGCUGUACGAGCCGGGCGGGAGCAAUGAGCGUCAGGACCUUUUACGACGUCUUCAGAAUCCGCUCGACUUUGUGGCGGGUGAUACAAUGGAAGGUGUCCUAUGUGUACUGCGAGCAUGGCCGAGAUGGAUGAGUCGGUGUUUGGCGGUGCGAAUGGCACCUCCGGACGCAUCUGUGCUAGCACGUGGGUUGAAAAUCCUUACGGCUAAGUACAUCGAAGGAGCUCCAGACUCGAACUUCAGGACCAGCGUGCUGCGGACGAGUUUGCGUUUGGAUGGGCAGCCGACCAUGGACAAUGUCUAUGCCUACCAGAAGCAUCUCCAAGCGGAGAUUGAGACCCUCCUUGCGAGCCAACCGAGGACUGCGGCAUCUACGCCUGGAGAACAGCCACGUCUACGUGCUCUGGACAAACCACAGCUGCAAACGGGGGGCCAAGUGCAACUACAGCCACAACAUGAGUUCGUUGGAGCGCGAGGUCAGGAACCGAAAAGCCACAGGCAGAAAGACUGCCCCAUUGGACGUCCGGGACAACGACCGCCGGGCAACACUUCAACGAGUACCACGUCACCUGGUGGGAACAAGGAUCGGCCUAUCACACCUGCUAUGUCAACGAUGUCUACCACAGCGACCGCGGGCUCUACCGAUUCCUCUUCGCCCUCUUCCACGAUACAGGGGACGGCAUGGACACUUGAGUCGCUGAUACAGGCGGCACAGCAAGUUGUACAGGCCCAGACUCAGAGCGAGGACAGGUCACCUGAGAAAACUCGUCCGGAGCUGAAGACCAUCAGGGUUCGGGAUAUCCGGAUUUCAGCGAUGAGCUCGUCAUCUUCGGCUUUGCUGGACUCGGGAGCUACCCACAGCCUUCGAAGUGCCAAGGAUGACAACGAGUGGGACCAGGCAGCUGAAGUACAGGUACAACUGGCAGGGAACAACUCCCUGUUGAUGCGGAUGAACACCUCAGGCACCCUGCUGAUGCCACCACGAGGCCUGCCUGGGAUCUCUGAGGGACCGUCCUCUAGAGGUCAAACCAUAGUUCCCCUCGGCGAGCUGGUGAGGACUCUGGGCUACACUUUGGUGUGGUCUCUUUCGAGGUGUUUCUUGCAGACUGGCGAUGGAGAACAAAUUCCGUUGUCAAUCAACUCGGGUUGCCCACAGCUGUGCGAGGCUGAAGCACUCUCGAUUAUAUCUCGCUUGGAGGACAAGAACCGCGAGAAGCUCGAGAACGCCACGGUCACGACCAUGGACCGGUUGGCGUUGGCGGCCCUACGAAUGCAGACCUAUGCGGCUACCGGCAAUAUGGACGAGGGCUACAGAGGCCUACGGGACGCAGGGUUUCUACAUGGGCUCCCGGAGAAUGUCUUGAUGGCCUCCUCAUUCCGGGUGUACGAGAUGAAGGAUGGAAGGUGUUCAAGGGAUGUUUCAAGAUGCAAGGCCCACAACGUGAUGAACGAAUCUACGUGGAAGCUGCUGUUGUGGGGCGCCCUCACGGGGCGGCUAGAUGCAAUCGUUGGAGGACCACCAGGCCGCUCUGGAAUGUGGAACCCCAAGGGAGAGCUCCUUUCGGGGAAGACCAGAUCGCUCACCACCGUCGUCCGGAUGAUGUGGCUCUACGCGGUGGCCCGGGCGACACGAAGCUCAGGAGGGAACGUCUUGAACAAGGAGAGGCCGGUGGCCUUUGUGAUGGAGCAUCCUACGGCGAACCGUGGUGGCGGGACUUCGUUAUGGGAGUCGACGAUGUGGCGGGAGUUUCAGCAGGAGAUGGGCAUGACCGAGGUGUCCUUCAAUCAGGAGGCCACUGGAGGUGCCAAUUCACCCACAACGAUUGGAACCAACGUCUACUACCUACUGGGCUUGAAUGGCUUGGGAGGAAGGGACGCUCCACCGAGCACCGAGCAGGGUGGCGAGAUGCUGGCCGCUUGGUCUCCAGAUCUUGUGAGAGCAAUGGUGACGGCUUUGAGGUUCUGGGACAGAAGACCAAUGAUGCCACCCGCGGUGGCAGCGAUGUCGGCGGAGCAGUGGAGGAAGCAUGUCCAGUCGAACCACGCGGAGUACCACCGCGAUUGUCUUACCUGUGUUAUGUCAAGGGGGACGGGACGGAGGCACGCGAGAGUGAGGUCGCCAGACAUGUUCAACCUCACGGUCGAUGUGGCUGGUCCAGUGAAGCCGGGCUUGGAUGUUUCGUCAAAGGGAACAAUGGGAAAGGGCCUACGUUACAUGUUGGUUGGUCGCUAUGUUCUCCCCACCGAGACCAUGGUUUGGGUACAACUACGACAGGUGAUGCAGAGGGCAACGGCAACGACAAAGAACCCACAGGACCUUCUACACCAUUACCACAAGAAGAGGGGGAACGUGAUCUACAACAAGGUGAUGCAGAGGGCAACGGCAACAACAAAGAACCCGCAGGACCUUCUACACCACUACCAGUCACUACCACAAGAAGAGGGGGAACAUGAUCAACAACCAGCACAUGUAAUUUGCGAUGACAACGACAAAGAGCCCGCAGGACCUUCUACACCACUACCACAAGAAGAGGGGGAUCCGUUUGUGUUAAGUGACGAUGACCCAGGUGAGCAGAGUCCUUUGAUCGUGCGUGACGAUGACCCAGGUGAGCAGAGUCCGUUUCCGGAGUUGUUCGAGCAGCUUGAGCGGAACCAGGAGGGCUUUGUUGGUGGAACCCAGGUUCAACGCGAUGGAUACAUCGACUACGAGGACUCCGAGUAUGAGCCAUCAGUCGUCCAGGGGGAAGUCCAGGAGCAGGAGGAGUCAGUUCAGGGGCCAGAUCGGACGACGAGAGUGUUUCCUGAUUGUGAGGAGCCAGAGUCAACCUACUUGUUGUUUGCGAGGCCGUUACCGAACAAUGGCACGCAGGCGAUUAAGGGGGCGAUCCAGGACAUCAUCCUCUACUUGCACUCGCGAGGACUUCCGGUUUACCGCCUACAUUCGGACAAGGGCGAGACCUACAACCACUCAAUCCGCAACUGGCUCAGGGACCAGGGCAUCCGGGCCACAUGGUCUGAACCUGGGAAGCCCCAGGGGAAUGGACAAGCUGAAAGCGCAGUUCGAUGGGUGAAGGACCAUACACGGACACUACUGGCCGCUGCACGGCUACCAACACGGUUGUGGCCAUCGGCAGCAGAGGCGGCUACAGCGCUCCAGCGGUCACGGGUGCUUGGAUGGAGAACGAAGAUGUUAGCACCGUUUGGCGCAACCGUCCAUGUUCGACGCAAGGCUUUCGACUCGGCUGGACCGUUGAGGAGGGAGCAAGCAUUCGAGUCCAAGUGGGUCAAGGGAACCUACGUGGGACUUAGCAACAUCCUGGACAAUGGCCAUGUGGUGUGUGUGGAGGGAACGCCCGAGCACAAGGAGAAGUUUAUGCACACCUUCCACGUGAGGCAUCGACUUGUGGAUCCUGGACCACCGCAGGAGGAGUUGGAAGUUCAGACUUCGUUGAGGCCAAGGCGACGUGUUACGGAAAAGAAGCCCAUGGACCAGGUCGAGCUGCGACAACUCGCUUUGUCCCAGGAGGAGCGGGAUGAUUACAUUGCCCGGAAGGCACGCUUUCUGCUUGAUGAGUGGGAUCAAGACGGAGCAGUUCGUUUGGUGGAUGAGCUCGCGGAGGUUGGCUUCUUUGAUGAGUGGAAGUUUGGAGACCGUCUUGGAAGUCAAAACUUCACGGCAAUCUGGGUGGCGAGGAAUGCGGAGCGUGGUUUGCAUAAGGACUACAACAACGACGAGAAUGCGGUGAACUACGUCUACCCCAUCCGGAUGCCGAAGCGCGGUGGCGAGUUAUGGGUGGAGCUUUCUCCCGGUGAUCGUGUGGAUGGAGAGAUCACUGACCGUACGGACAGUCAAGGGAAAAGGCGCUAUGGCUACCUCAAGAAGCUACAACAUGGAUGCUGUACGGUUUUCUCUCCACGGCGGGCACAUGAAGUACUACCAUGGACGGGAACAAGAACGGUCUUGAUAGCCUACACACCACAAUGUAUGGGAAGGUUGUCCACUGAGAUGAUCCAUGAGCUCGAGACCAGGGGCUUCCAACCCCCGUUGUCCCAGUACCCGGAGUAUUUCCUUGCUAAAGAUCCUCAACCCAUGGAGGCCAAGGUGGAAGUGGAGUCCCACGACCAGGUGGAGCAUGCGACUGUUGAGGACCUGGAUGGUAGCGAUGUGGAAGAAGUCUGGGAAAUGUACUUGGACGUUGAUGGUGGCAAGGUGAAAAUUGGGGACGACGAGACGGAGCAUCGAGAGCAACCACGCCCUCGUUUCAUGAAGGUCGAGGCGGGAUUCACAAAGAACGUGGAGGCGAUCCUACAAGAGCUCAAGGGACCCAUCGAGGUGACCUACAACGUCGACCCCAAGGAGGUCGCGGACAACAUGGGCCUGUGGAUGGGGGCAAUUCAGAAGGAGCUAGACGGUGUUUCAGCGGCGAUCAAGAAGCUUCUCCCCAAUACCGAGGAGAGGGUGAAGUGGAUGCGGCGACCAGGUGCGCAGAAGCUCCCGGCCAAGUUCGUGUACACUGUCAAACCAGCCGAGAACCCGGAUCCAGCCGACAAGACAACGUGGUUCAAAAGAAAGGCGAGGCUGGUGGUCUGUGGAAACUAUGCAUCCCCAGACCAGUCUGAGCUGUACUCUGAAACGGCCCCCUCGGAGGCCGUCAGGGCAGGACUGGUGAUGUCCCGUUCCUACGGACCCCGCUGA